AUGUCUCUGUUUCGACCAAUCAGAAGCGCCUGGUCUCACGCUCCUGCCAACACAGUUCAACGACACCCUGGGAGUGUGGCGUGCGUCAGCCAAUCAGCGCACGCCGGUCCCACGGUCGGAUUCCGUUUAUCUGGAAGGCCGCGUGGAGCGGAAAGAAUGAGCUCAAAACUCUCUAGGAAUUUUCCCACGCUAAGUGAGGCAAGUGGCGCAUAUAUAUUAUCUGCACGGCAGGAGUGGCGUCUCACAAGGAAACGCGACGCACGCCAGAGAAGAACCUGGAAAAGCUAUUUGGAAAUUAUUGCACAUCUGCAAGCCGUGCGCGAAACAACGUUCAGAUUCUUUAGACGGCAGACGCAAAUUACAAAUGGCAGCAGAAAGAGUCAAGACUGUCGAAGAUCGCAAGGUAGGGAGUGUUUUUAAUGUUACACCUAAUUUGCAUAUUUUGCGUGAAUUUAGCAUAUUGUGCGAAUUGCUACAAAAUAUUCAUUAUUUUCAGUUUGAAACGAAAAUAGAAUUUUAUACAACAAAUCGCUUUGACUGACUAAGAAUUGUAUAUUAUUGUUGUAUUAAAUUAGAAUUCUUCGCGUUAUGUCUAGGGGAAAAGUAUUUCCUAUUUAUAGCAAUAUUCAUAACAAAACCAAGACGAACACGCUUUUGUUCUAUAUGUCAGUUCUGUUUGUAUAAAACGAGAUGAUAAUGUAAAAUUACGUUCAGUAAUAUAGUAGAGAGUGAUAUAGAACACGAGAACUAAUUUAAAUAUAUUAGUAAUUUGCGCUGUAUCGACAAUCAAAACAAUCAAUAUGUCUACGCAAUGAAUUCUAAUAUAUUGACUGUAGUUCACACGUAUAAAUCUCAAGUACCUUUCAAUCUCUUAUUGUAAAGCGUCCCACGCCUAAGUUCACACUCAAGGCAAUAAUUUUAUCAAUGGUAUAGACAAUAUACAGUACUCAGUCCAGGGGUUUCAGGUAUAUUAAUACUUAGAUAAUUUUACUUUCGGUAUACAAUAAAUUAUUGUUGAAUAGGUUGAACACUUGAGAUACGGGUGUCCUAGUCAUUUGCCCAAGAUUAACACUCAGGCAGACGUUGCUAGCCCAGAUUUGUAGGCAUACGGGUAUAUUGAGCAACCAUUAUCGAUUAUAUUGAUAUUCUGAUCACCCCCUGGCCAUGAGUAUUAUACCAUUGAUAAUAUUACAUCGGAAAGUUGAUUAGUACCACAUUUUUUCACAAACCAAUUUACAAUUGGCCAUUAAGUACUGAUAACUAUAGCGGUACUUCACAGCUGAAAACAAAUGCCCUGGGAUGAAAUACGAGCUUACUUGCUGUUAUAGACUUGGUUAUAUAUCACAUAGCUCGGUCAAACACGAUAUUUAUACUGGAUAGAUCUAUCAGUUCUAAACUGUUCUUCCUAGAGGCCAGCAAGGGUCAUCUCUUAUUGAUCCAGUGUUACUACAGGAGAUGAGGAGAAAACCUAAACUAAACUAAUUUCAUUUAUACUGGGUAGCCAUAUCAGUUCUAAACUGUUCUCCCAGUAAGAUCAUUUUUUAUUGGGAACCGAUGGAAAUCUGUGGUGUUUGGUAAAGUCAAACUGUAAACACUAUUCAGUCUAUUCUCAUAUGCAAUUGAAGCAAAAAAUCACGCCCAGUCAUCGAAAUACACACCUUAUAUAAAUCCCCGAACAUAUCCUAUUGCAUGGAAAACUGUGUCAUGCUUACUGGCUGACACACAAUCCUAUGCCUGGCACCGGAAUUAAUAUCCGAGAUCCGAAAUUGAUACUAGCAUAUCUUCCGUGCGCGUCAUAAACCGCCGAUUUUUCCGGCUGUUUACAAGGGGUGGUGUGUAUUAGACUUAUAGGGAAAUUGUUUAAAACUGAUAGAGCUAUACCCACUAUAAAUAAAAUCAAAAGCUCAGCUAAUCUAGCCCGUGCCAGCACGCUUUUCUACUAAAUAUUAUUUUCCGUUUGUUUUGUUUUAAACCUUCCGUUUCAAGGUGGUCUUGAAAUAAAAAAGCAAGAGCUAUUCAAGAUGCAUUACUGCCCUUAAGGCCUCUGACAAAUUUAAACAAACAAUACAUCACUUAUCAGCUUCAACAAAUUAUCGUUCAUUGUGUAGUCUAGUCAACGCAUGCCGCUUUGUGUUCUUGACAUACGAAUUAAAUCAAUUAGCCUUUCUCACGCACGGUUUAUCGGCCUUUUUGCGGUAUUGCCUCUCCCGUGUUUGAGUGUGAACGCAGACCCUUUUGAGUGAAAUUUUGAUCUAGAUAUGCCUGGGCAAAAAUUUCAUCACAGCUUGAAAGAGCAUCACAAAAUUAGUAAUAUUCCGAGGUUUCGUUGCGAAAUGUUGUAAAAUGCGGAUUAUUUAGCCUUGCGAAGUUUGCCGUUUUCAGUCAUUUUGUAUAACAAAAUGGGAAAUUGAUAAUCAGUUUGAUCAUCUGAUUUUCAAUUUCCCGUGCGUUAUGCAAAAUGACUGAAAAACGGCCGAACUUCGCAAGGCUAUAUUAUCCGCAUUUUACAACAAUUCGCAACGAAACUUUGGAAUAUUACUAAUUUUGUGAUGCUCUUUCAAGCUGUGAUGAAAUUUUUGUCCAGGCAUAUCUAGAUCAAAAUUUCACUGCAUAAGGGGAAAGGUCUAUUAGCUAUGAGUCAGUUGACUCGGUAAGAUUUUUUGUGAAAAAGUUCAAAACAGAAAGACUUGAAGUUUAGAGAAAACAGAUCCUGAAUGAAAUUUAUUUAAUUUUUGAUGAAGGAUAGAAGUACGAAUUAGCGUCCCAAAUAUUACCACAAAGACGUGUUUUAUUACUGAUAUGCACCUGAUCAUGUUGGACCAAGAGUACUUGAAUUCUUAUGAUUGGAUACUUGCAGUACAAUUGUGAAACACACUAUGAAAUUAUAGUCAUUGUGUCACUGCUCAGAACUAAUAGAGCUAUCCAGUGUGAAUAAAGUUAUACCUGGCUUAGUUUAGCUUAGCCUACUUGCAGUACAAUUGUGAAACACACUAUGAAAUUAUAGUCAUUGUGUCACUGCUCAGAACUAAUAGAGCUAUCCAGUGUGAAUAAAGUUAUACCUGGCUUAGUUUAGCUUAGCCUAAGAACUAAUAGAGCUAUCCAGUGUGAAUAAAGUUAUACCUGGCUUAGUUUAGCUUAGCCUUAGAACUGAUGGAGCUAUCCAGUAUGAAUAAAGUUACCUUUCUUUAGCUUAGCCUUAGAACUGAUGGAGCUACCCAGUAUGAAUACAGUUAAUGGCGCUUAGAACUUAGACUUUAGCGUUACUUUAUCCAGUAUGAAUAAAGUUACUUUAGCCUUAGAACUGAUGGAGCUAUCCAGUGUGAGUAAAGUUACCUUUCUUUAGCUUAGCCUUAGAACUGAUGGAGCUAUCCAGUGUGAGUAAAGUUAUACCUUACUACCUUAGUUUAGCAUCUAAUUAGUUUCCCUUUUCAACUUUCAGGCAAGAAAACCGUUGUUGGAGCGAAAACGAAGAGCGAGAAUUAAUGACAGUUUAGGGGAAUUGAAAGGAAUAGUGCUGAGAUCUCUUAACAAAGAUGUGAGUACUUUAAAUUAUAUCUCAUAAAAGCAGCUUUCUUAUCAUUGCCACUACCUGUACACUACCACAGACGGUGCAAAAUUUUAUGAGAGCUUGAAAGCGCAUGACUACAUACCACGAAAGAUGUCUAAUCUUGGCUAAGCUUAAUAAAGCCCUCGUUUUUUUAAUAAGACUUUGCCGCUAUAACUCUAAAGUGACUAAAUGUUCUUUCUUUUUUUGUUUUUUUUUAUAAAGAGUUCACGUUAUACAAAGAUGGAAAAGGCAGAUAUUCUUGAAAUGGCCGUGAAACAUCUAAAAGCCUUGAGAGAGACUGUCAAUAGUAAGUCUACUCAUACUUUUGUACAAUUCUCACGUUUGAAAUGUAACUCCUUGUGAGCUUGUCCAAACUGUAGGGGUGCACCGGAACCAGUUUUUUAACUGUUCCGGCCGGAACCGGAUCCGACCGGAACUGGAAAAAAGUUCCGGCCGGAAGUUGCGGCCGGAACCGGAACUAAUAUAUUAAGCCAUAUAUAGUCAUAUGUUACUUUGUCCGCUGCUAGACAGGCAGACACUUCAGGUCAUCAAGGAGAGAGUUCGCAAAUGUUAGAAUAAAAAGAUUGACAAACGUUAAACGUCAUAAUGAAGUGUUAUAGUGUAUAUUUCCCUUGCGUAGUCCAAAUUUCUUCCUACUGUGAACUUUUGUUAGACACAAAAACGUUUGAUAUUCUAUCUCUCUGAAACAGACAGAGUUCCGGUUCCGGCCAUGCUUUUUUUACUAGUUCCGGCCGGAACCGGAACUCUAAAAAAUCGGGGUUCCGCCGGAACCGAGUUCCGGUGCACCCCUACCAAACUGUAUUCUGUUUUAACCAUUUGGGUGUACUAUAUGAUACUUUCUUAUUCUCUAGGUUACCCAAGACAUGAUGGGGCAUCUCAGUAUCGCAAUGGUUUCACCCAGUGCGCAUCAGAAGUCACUCGCUACAUCAUGACCAUGGAUUCCAUGGAUGACAACACCCGUUCAGAUAUCCUAUCCCAUCUUAACAGCACAUGUCAGUCAAUGCACAUGUCUGUACUUCAAACUCCUACCUCACCACCACUAUCACCACUUGUACCUAACCUACCCCACUGUACAACCCAUGAAGAUCCCUGUUACCACUGUUAUCCAUUGCCGUACCCCCAACCCCACUUUUUGAGUCAACCACCAGAAUUAUUACCCGGACACACCCUAAUGAGCCCCCAGCCAUUUGGACAUCAAACCACAACCAUAAAUCACUGCCAGAGUCCCCUCAUAAACUAUUUUGAAAAAUCACUCACAAAAAGUCACUCUGACAGUUCCCUGAUGAAAAUGUCGUACAACCAUGGUCACUCCUUUCCCAAUUCUCCCACAACACAAUCUCAUAGUUCACCCACCUCCCCAAAGAGCUCUGGGCCUAUCCCCCUCACACGAGAACAGCCUCCCCUAACAAGACCUGAACCUGUCUGGCGACCGUGGUGAAUGUCCAAUAACAUCAAAACACAUUUGAGCAACAAUUAUUUGAAUUCAAUUCUAACUUUUAAAUGUAAUGUGUACGACAAUGAAUUGAUUUAAUCUUGAAUGUUGAAAUCAAGUAUCUCAAAGAGUUUAAAACUAUUUGAUAGAGCCAUUGACUGAAAGAUUAUAGAAAUUGUAGAUUUUAAUUGUAGAUAUAUUAAUUUUCAUUGUAGAUAGUAAAUAUUAAAUACAUAAAUUAUUAUAAAAAGUAUGCUGUAUUGAGAAUACAAUAAAUUUUAUUAUUUAAUAUUCUUAUUAAACUGUUUAUUGCCAGACCUAAGUGCCUUGUAUCAGUGGCAUAGGAAGCAAGGUGCUAGAGGGCCACCCAGCGAAUGGGUUUCCGGUUUCCCCAAACACAGCUGUAACUAGACACGAUAAUUGGUGGGGUGCAUAUUCAUGUAUUCAUGUUCACAUACCGUAAAAACAAUCACUUUCAAAGGAAAUCUGUGGGGCAGAACACAAAUAUAUGAAUAUGCACCCCCCCCAAUUAUCGCGCCCCCCCCCCCCCCCCCCACCAUUGAACUAAAAAGAACUUUUAUUUAAAAUUAUUUUUCUAAAAAUAACUUUAAUUCAAUGCCCAAUUGCCCCACAUACAAACUAAAAUUGUGUAAGUACAAACAAAACAAAACAAGCCCUCUGCCCGAAUGGUUUUUCGGUUUCCUGACUCACAAAACAAAGUACAACAAAAGAAAUGAAAGAAUGCAUGAAUAUUCGACAAUACAAAGUUACAUAUUUUUAGGUUUUUCAAUCACUUACCAUUUACCAGGCCUCAAAAAUACAGCCAUUUAUUCUAUUUCAACCUUUAGCCAAUAGAAUUGUACAUAAAAUUGAUAAAUAAAGUGCUGUUUUUAGCCGGCACUUUUUUUAAAAUAAUCAUUUAAAUAUAUAAAUUUUCAUUCUUUUGCUGAUAAUUUUGCCAAUUUUGCUAUAUUUCGCGCCAAUUUUCAUUCUCGCCUCAGGUCACCACGCGGUCAAAAUGGCAUUUAAACUAUGCAUUUAAAUCCCAUGAAAGGAUGCACGUUUUGUUUACGUUGUCAAAAUAAUCUGUUUUAUGCCAUAGAAUAACUUUUUAUCGAUGGCAACAGCGUGUGUAGACGAAGACGGUUAGUAGGAGUCUUUCUAUUGAGCCUAAACCAUAUACCAAAGCAUGAUUUUGUGUUUGUAAUUUCAAAAUCAUUGUUGCCAUGAUGAGCUAAAAUGUCAAUGUUAUUAUUAUAUUGCAUUUUCGCGCCUUAUUAUUUGAAAUCGUUUCGCUGUAGAUGUGCCUCCUUUAGAAGACUUAUCAGAACUAAUAGAGCAAGUAAAGGGCUUGCAAUGUGCAAAGGAAAUCAAAGACGAUCGGGCCUCGUCGACAGAAAAAACUGAAGUAAAAAUUUAUUUGAUUUAUGAACUUUAGUCACUUUACUGUACUGUACAAUUUUUUAGGGAUCGGUGAUUGGCCCUCUUGUGCCAGAUGAUCCAGGGGCUGUUCACACUAGCAAUUUAGAUCAAUCUGAAAUCAAUUCAAAAAUUGCUUGCAAAACCAAAAAUGAGCUGAGGUCAGUUUAAGAUCGAUUUAAACUGGAUCGGUUCACAUUUUACAACCAAGCUAAUUUCUUGAAUUAACAGCCUGACAUUUCUCCCCUGUUUAUUAACUGUAGUAGCACAGUAUAGGGAGUGAGCAUAGUGCCACUUAGCGGUCCUCGUAUUUUUAUGCAAAAAUAUGCAGUUUACCAGCUAGGACGAGCCAGUUCAGCGAACUGCAUGUUCUGGCCAAUAAGCACGCUGAACUGGCUCGUCCUAGCCAGUAAACUGCAUAUUUUUGCAUAAAAAUAUCACUGGCUGAGCAACAUGCGUAAUGCGAUAUGUGCGAAGACAGAAACUUCAAAGGAUCUGACGUAAGUGGCACUACUGCCCUUCCUUAUACUGGGUAGUAGCCUCCUCUGUAGGAAUCUCUAUGGGUGUUAGCCUGCAAAUGGUCCCCAGAGAUGCUGUGGAGUAGCCUAUAACAGUAGUUAAUUGAUUCAUGUUGUGAACACUCCACCACAAAAAAUCCAAGGAAAUUGCUUUGGAUCAAUUUGAGAUUGCUCUAAAAUGAACAUCCCCUUCAGACCCAGAUCAUCCAUUGCUGUAACACAACAAGAAGUCCCUUGUAAACUAUCAUUAUUUUCUACCUACUAGACUAGCACAGCACAAAAACAAAGCACCGAAAGCAAUACACAGACAUUUGGUGGGUUUGAGAAAGGCUUUCUUAACAAGAAAACCAAAGGCAAAAGUGUUGACCCAAAACAAUGCAAAUCUGCUUCUGCUAAAGAUGAAAGAAUACCUACAAUAUGUCCAAAACAAGAAGAAUCGAAUAGCCUUAGGUUUCCUGAGGUACAGAAAGCCAUGGAGACCUCUUCAUUUUUACAAAAUAAAGGUAUAUGCAAAUAUCAGAUGGCAUUUCUAGGACUUCUAGGGACAACAGUUUAGAACUAAGAAAUAUAUCCAGUAUAAAGUUAGUCUAGUUUAGGUUCACUAACUUUCCUUCUGAUUUAGCAAUAAGUAGAUCUACCAAGUCUCUAGGAUAUUAGAGAUUAUCAGGGCUAGCUAUAGAGUAUACUGUUCAGACCAGUAUUAAAACAUCACUUUACCUACAUUAUAAACACUAGCUAUUCAAAGCCAGUGUUUAUUACUAUUAAAGGAAGAAAUGCAUGCUGUGAGGUCAAAAGGUUAAUACAUGAAAUAUUAUAAAACAGACAUUCUUAAAAGUUUACAGUGUCUUGUUGCUGCACAAUCGAUUGAUUGAUUAUACUUUAAUCUCAUGCACAUACACAGACACACACUGGCAAAGGCCUAUGAUACAGGUAUACCAGUGUUUAGGUUUUGAUAUUAACAGCAUAAAUAUCCUACAUUCUUUAUUUGUAAACACUGGGAUCUAUCAUUAACCUUUCAACCAAACUGCUCUAUUAUCUUUAGACUGGGUAACAGAUAACCUUCUCAAGAAGCUAGAAGACAGACCAGAUUUACUAAAGAAGCUUGCAGACCCAAAAUAUUCUCAAGCAUUGAGUCUGUUUAGGACAAACCCUGAAGACGGUUUGAAGUUAGUUCAAGGGAACGAAGAACUGCAGGCAUUUAUUAAAGAUUUCUGUGGCAUUCUGGGGGAACAUUUUACAUCAAUGGCUGAAAAUACAGUAAGGACUAAAAAUGAUAUUAUGGAGAGAUGUUUUCUCCCUUUAUAUGUUGCAGCAAUGCAAGCUCAUUACAUUCAUGGUCAUUACAGACCAAUGUCAAGCAAAAAAUGUUUUAAAACUUUUCCAACCUACGUAUCCUAUUUUUUCAGGAUUUGAAAAUGAUUCACAGAAUAUAUUUUCUUGUGCUUCAUUAAUUAAAAACUAAUUAUUUUGUGCAAGGGAUGUCCUUAUCAGUAACAUUAAUAACUCCAACAUGUUUUUUAGAGUUCAUCUGAAGUUGAUGCCGGCAAGGCUGUUACAUCUGAAGCAACAGCAUCAAAAGCAGAAGAAGAGAAAAUGAGGGCAAUCUUAUCUGACCCUGCAACACAGGAAGUUCUCAAAGAUCCAUGGAUUAGUAAACUUGUAAAAAAUUUAAAAGAAAACCCACCAGAGGCGAGAAGGUUAGUUCUCUGAAUAUUAACCCCUGUAGCACCUGCAUUUCGAAAACUUAGUAGUAAAUAUAUAGAAAGCAUCAAAAUUGCGCUGCCACCGAUAUUAUCUCCCCCCACGCGAUACAAACUUUCCACACUGCAAGUAGGGAGCAUUUAAUUAAGUGCAUUGCAGUGGCCUCAGUCAUGUGUGAUACCGUAAGAGUGUUUCCAGUUUGAUUGUACCAAACCCAGCAGGUUUUGUUUUGGUACUGACCAGAUUUUUGCAGUAACACUAGUAGGCAGACUAAUACGGUCUGAACUGAGCAUAACGUCUGAACUCUACAUAAAGCAUUGGUCACACUUGCAUGCUUAAAACGUGCUUGAAUUUUUUUUUAGAAUGUUAGCAACAAGCAGACCUGAGGUUUUACCAAAGAUAAAGAAAUUAAUAGAUGCUGGAAUCCUAACCUAUGGAUCAACCUGA